AUGGGUGAGAAAAAAGUGAUUAUUUUGAACACGGAUCAUUUCAAAUCAUGUUUUGCCAAAUGGGGAGACUUUGCAGACAUGGCCAUCAAGAUGUUUGAAGCCUCCAGGUUCGAUUUGCCGCCUGUAGAGUAUAAAGUGUUCUGCAUUUGCGAGAAUGACUUUCCCAGCUUGGAAGACCUAGUUUCGAGCGAAGUUCUGGGCGUCUACAUCACGGGCUCCGCGUAUGACUCAUUUUCCAACGAAGUUGAGUGGAUCAUCAAGUUCAGACAAUUCAUAGCCCAGUUUUUGGCCAUUGAGAACCAUCCGCCAUUAGUUGGCGUGUGUUUCGGUCACCAGAUCAUCGCGAAAAGCUUAGGGUGCGACGUAGGACGGAAUCCAGACGGCUUUGAGGGCGGUAUUACUCCGAUCACGCUGGCUUCAGAGGCCAUCGAAUUGGGGCUAUUUCAAGAGGAUGCUGAUGUAAUGAGAACUACACUCCAGCUGUCAGAGACCCAUAGCGACAUUGUUAACGAAAUUCCACAGGGCUACACUAACAUUGGAUCUACUGCUAAGUGCUCUAUUCAGGGACUCUACUGCCCCAAGAAGGUGCUGACGCUGCAGGGACACCCAGAAUUUGAAACGGAUGUGACCAGGAUAUGCGCAAACCUCCAACUCGAGAAGGGCAAUGUCACUUCCGAGGAAAACAAGGACAUGCAGAAUCGAUGCACGAGUCUCUCAAACGAGGGUCUUUUGGUUGCGAAUUCCCUAUGGAAACUGUUUUACGGCGCCAUCUAA